CUCAAGUCCAAGGAGUCUUUAGCCGUGUCAUACGAUUACACCGCCAACCAGCAUGCGAGCUUAUGUGAAUAGCAUUUAGCAUGGAACUUAAUGCACAAGGCGCUCCAAGCGGUAGAAUAACCCUAUUCUCGCGCCCGUGCAUCACCGUUCAUGGCACCGACCUGACAAAGCGGUUAACAACAUCGACUUCGGAUCUCUGGAAGACAUAACUGGCCAUCUUCAUCCCGAAACCAGCGGAUCUCCCUAUAGCUGCCGCGUUUGGCGAUGGCUUUGCCGCCUGCGCAGCCAGCAUACAUUCUGCGUGGUCAUGGCUCACAAAUUCACACAACGACGUUCAUACGAUCCAAUCGUCGGCUCGUGACUGGGGAUGCGGACGGAUGGAUCGUUCUCUGGAGCCUCACCAUCAAGCGGCCAGUCGCCGUGUGGCAAGCCCAUCAAGGAUCGAUCCUUGGAGCCAGUGCUUGGGGGAGUGACAAGCUAAUCACACAUGGAAAAGACAACAAGCUCAUAAUAUGGAAGCUUUCAGAGGAGGAUGAAGCUUCUAUGAGCACCGUUCUGCCAGUGGAUACCCCACCAGAACCGCGAAAACAGCCAUGGCUUCUCCAUAUUCUGGAAGUCAACACGAUGAACUUCUGUUCGUUUGCUCAAACAGAAGUCCGCCCACCAUUUUCUUUCGAAAAUGAACCAUCUGAAGAGCUGCUAAUAGCAGUUCCAAACACCUUGAGCUCUGAAACUGUCGACAUCUUCCACCUCCCCUCCAGCAAAAGAAUCCACACCAUCCCCGCCUCACCCACUUUCAAAGGCGGAAUGAUAAUGGCCCUCUCCCUCUUCUUCCAUCCCCUAACGCACCACCUCACCGUCAUCGCCGGCUACGAAAGCGGCCAUACCUCCGUCGCCUGCCUGACCACCUCCUGGACCACACUCUACGUCUCCAACCCGCACUCGCAACCUAUCCUCUCGCUUGAUGUCGACCCUGGAAAGGACUUUUAUUUUACUAGUUCCGCGGAUGCUGUUAUUGCUAAACAUCUAAUUCCGGUGUUCGAUGAAAAGGAUAGAGGGGCAAAGGAGGAGAGUAUGCCGUUGAAGAUUGUCAAGACUAAGCAUUCUGGCCAGCAGGGAUUGAGAAUUAGGAACGAUAUGAAAGUGUUCGCUACUGCUGGAUGGGAUGGGAGGGUGAGGGUUUAUGGGGUGAAGGGGAUGAAGGAGCUAGCUGUGCUGAAGUGGCAUAAGGAGGGGUGUUAUGCUGUUGCUUUUGCGGAUUUGGAUGGAGUAGAAAAAGAAGAUGGAGAGGAGGAUAAGGGGAAGGAAUUGGUGGGCAGGAUGGGGCCGAUGACUGUUAGGGAGGAGAGAGAGCAGAAGGCGAAGACGACGCAUUGGUUAGCCGUAGGUAGUAAAGAUGGGAAGGUUAGUCUGUGGGAUAUCUACUGAAUCUCACCCCGGC